ACCCUCGAGGAAGUGAUUAAUAUCUGGUAUGUAGGGUUGGAGGAAGUGGACAUUGAGGACCGACUGGAAAUCAUCCUCCCAGCUAUCACUCAACUCACAGAUAUAACGACAAACUUUGCCGCCUACACCGGUUUUACCGAUAGUGGCGGCGGCAACGCUACCGCGUCCUCUGUCGAUUGUGAUGGCAAGGAGUCUGUCUGGCGCCGCUGGCUCUAUGACGGUUGCUUCCGUUGGCUGCGCGAUCGACUGAGGGUUGUUACAGUUAGCAACCAGACUGCCACAAAUUACUUUCGCCUCGCCGCCCACAUCUCCGGUCUGGCCUUGAGAGCGAACGUGUGCAGCAGAGAGGCCAACUCCUGGUUAUCUUACGCCAGUAUGAUGGAGCGCCUGCUCACACUAACCAACAGCUCCACCUUCUGUCCGCAAAUUUCACCCGAAUUGCCAGAAGACAUCAACCUCCAAGCUGGUGUUCAACUGGCUCGCCACCUUUUCUCCUCCAUCAUCUGCCCGGCUUUGCAGUUCGAGGAUGCCAAGCUGCCCUUUUCUCCGGCAAGGGUUUCAGCCUUUCAGGCUCUACUUUACUGGCUCUGCGGCCACAGCACCAGAGACGCCUGCUUCCCGCAGGAUGAUCUCAUUUGGCUUUACCUUUUCGAGGCCUGGCUCAAGGACAGUCAGCCCGCUUCGGCGACCCUUUUAUCCACUUUGGACGACCUACUUCGUCGUCUGCAUCGAAAUCCUGGGUCGUGUUCCGGUUCACAUGCAAUGAAAACACCAAUGCAAUUGUGUUGCCACUCGGACAGCAGUUGUAUUUACUGGGACGUCUGGGAUAGCGGACUUGGCCGCCUAGGUUUUCUACUGCGUCUGCUUUCAGAGUCCCUCCUGCCCACUGUACUGUACUGUUGUUCAGUUCCUGGAGACGCCGACCACUCAUCUCUUGCCUCCCCUAGUUGGGAUGCAAUGCAUGGGCAAGCUGCCAUGGCUUUCGCUAUUGUCGUCCGAAUCAUCGAUCUAGUCGAUUUCAUUGCAAUACCUUAUAGUUUCGGCCGCCUGGAUCUUGCCGAAUUUGUGUAUUGUCUGCGAAGAACAGUGUCCGUCCUGCGAACAGUUUUCUCAAAAUUUUCCGACACGUUCUCGUCGGAUAACCGUUCCGAAACUCUUGCGGACACUGCCUUCACCAAGUUAGAAUUGUGGGCCUUAAACGGCGAGUGUUUAAGAAAGAACCUCGAUUUGGAGACCGUUCUUUCUUUCACUGUAAACACACUCCAUUGGCUCCAGCAUUUGUCCUCGUUAGCCCUACAGCCGGGCGUCCUUUUACCUAACAAAGAUCUGAUGACAGCUGAAACAGCUCAAUUAAAUACUAGCAGCAAUAGUACAGUUUAUGACUCACAGCUAUCGUCGCUGUUCAUGGACGGAGUUCAGAUGGUUUCGAUGUUGGCCACCAAAACCGGUUUAGUGGACUCAGCUGCUUUGCCGCUCCUUUGCAUCCUUGUGGAACUCGUGGCAACUCUUUGCCCAAAGACUAAUGGCAUGCGGAAUUUUAUGAACGAGUUGGUCACUUUCAUGAAAAUUCAUAAUUACAAUUCGAUUCUUAAGAAACCUCUGACCCUUCUGAUCAAGUUAGGUUGCAUACGAAUUACAUCGAGUCUUGGAAGUCCUCAAUUAAUUACCUCCGGCUCUUUCCCCUCCUGUUCCAAGGCCUCAAUGGAAGGCGAAGCGGGCCAGAUUUGCACUGAUUUGGUGACUAACCAAUUGCCUCAGUGGAUCGCCUGCAGUGUCCGCAGGCACUUUACCUCCAGCCGCCUUGACCAUACCAUGGUGUUGGGCCUGUCACUGAGUUUGCCCUUCCCGACGGCUAAUUCCUGUCUCCGUCAGGUUAUUGUUGAUAGCCCCUCAGCGACGAACAAACUCAAGUCCAUCACUGCCAUGUUGGUGAAAUGCCACCGCCUGCAGCCACUCAUCUACACGCCGACCCUUGUGAAAGGAGUAUUGGAUCUGUGGAGGCGAGCACAAUGGGAUACAGCUCUGCGACCCUACGGCCUGCGAGUGAGUCGUCGUGAUCCACGAUCUGACCUCGUCCUGCAGCACCUGAUUGACAUGGUGCCUACACUCUCUAUCCCCUCCUCGACGAAGCCGCUGCCUCCGGUCGAUCUGUUGGCCAAGUUUUGUGCUUUCUUCAAGCAGGAUCUCUGGGCGGCUCUCCUAAACCAUUUACGCAUUCUACUCUGUCCUCCGGAUUUUAAUGAGGCCACUUCUGUAUACUCUACCCAGCAGUGCUCUCAGCCCCAGCCCGAGACUACUUUAAAGGUGGGAGAAGUGCCGACCUUUACUCCAAACCCCCUAGCUAUCGCUAUUAAGUGA